UGGCUGCGGGCGGAGCGGCCAGAGGAGGAGGAGGUGGGGAGCAGGGGGCGGUUUGGUUGCGCGGUACUAGCGGUGCCUGCCGAAGGGGGAGGAGGCGGAGAGCUAGCCGUGCGGCCAGAGCGGGAAAGAGAGUCGUCUCUGCGUCCGAGUUCUGGAGCCGCUGCACCCCGGCUCCUGGAGCUGCAGCAGGGGCUGUGAGGGCACGGGCGUCCGCUGUCUUCCGCCUUUCCCUGGUAGCGACCCGCAGGAUCAGAAAAAAGGAGAAGAUGGAGGAGGAGGGCGGCAGCGGCAGCGGCGGCGCCGCGGGGACCAGCGAGGACGGCGGCGGCGGGGGAGAACAGCUCCUCACUGUCAAGCACGAGCUGCGGACCGCUAAUUUAACAGGACAUGCAGAGAAGGUGGGGAUUGAGAAUUUUGAGCUCUUGAAGGUCCUAGGAACUGGAGCUUAUGGAAAAGUAUUUCUGGUUCGUAAAGUAAGUGGUCACGAUACUGGAAAGCUGUAUGCCAUGAAAGUUUUGAAAAAGGCAACAAUAGUUCAGAAGGCCAAGACCACAGAACACACGAGGACAGAGCGACAAGUCUUGGAGCACAUUAGGCAGUCGCCGUUCUUGGUGACACUGCACUAUGCUUUCCAGACGGAAACCAAACUUCAUCUCAUUUUAGAUUAUAUAAAUGGUGGAGAACUUUUUACUCAUCUUUCUCAAAGAGAGCGUUUCACAGAGCAUGAGGUGCAGAUCUAUGUUGGAGAGAUUGUCCUUGCCCUCGAACAUCUCCACAAGUUGGGGAUUAUAUACCGUGACAUUAAGCUUGAGAAUAUUCUGCUUGAUUCUAAUGGCCAUGUGGUGCUGACAGAUUUUGGUCUGAGUAAGGAGUUUGUGGCUGAUGAAACCGAAAGAGCAUAUUCCUUUUGUGGAACUAUUGAAUACAUGGCACCAGAUAUUGUCAGAGGAGGAGAUUCAGGACAUGACAAGGCAGUCGACUGGUGGAGUUUAGGUGUUCUGAUGUAUGAACUGCUCACUGGAGCAUCUCCUUUCACUGUGGAUGGAGAAAAAAAUUCCCAAGCUGAGAUAUCUAGGAGAAUAUUAAAAAGUGAGCCUCCAUAUCCCCAAGAAAUGAGUGCUUUAGCUAAAGACCUAAUUCAGCGUCUUUUGAGGAAAGAUCCCAAGAAGCGAUUGGGAUGUGGCCCACGUGAUGCAGAUGAAAUCAAAGAACAUCUCUUCUUUCAGAAAAUAAAUUGGGAUGAUUUAGCUGCCAAAAAAGUGCCCGCACCAUUUAAGCCAGUCAUUCGAGAUGAAUUAGAUGUGAGUAACUUUGCAGAGGAGUUCACGGAAAUGGAUCCCACCUAUUCUCCCGCAGCCCUGCCGCAGAGCUCUGAGAAGCUGUUUCAGGGCUAUUCCUUUGUUGCUCCUUCUAUCCUCUUCAAGCGUAAUGCAGCUGUCAUAGAUCCUCUUCAGUUUCACAUGGGAGUCGAACGUCCUGGAGUGACAAAUGUUGCCAGGAGUGCAAUGAUGAAGGAUUCUCCAUUCUAUCAGCACUAUGACUUGGAUCUGAAGGACAAACCACUGGGAGAAGGAAGUUUUUCAAUUUGUCGGAAAUGCAUACACAAAAAAAGCAACCAAGCUUUUGCAGUCAAAAUAAUCAGCAAAAGGAUGGAAGCCAAUACUCAGAAAGAAAUAACAGCUCUAAAACUCUGUGAAGGACACCCCAAUAUCGUGAAGUUGCAUGAAGUUUUUCAUGAUCAGCUUCACACAUUUCUAGUGAUGGAACUUCUGAAUGGGGGAGAGCUAUUUGAACGCAUUAAGAAAAAGAAACACUUCAGUGAGACGGAAGCCAGCUACAUCAUGCGGAAGCUUGUUUCAGCUGUCAGCCACAUGCAUGAUGUUGGAGUGGUGCACAGAGAUUUGAAACCUGAGAAUUUAUUGUUCACUGAUGAAAAUGACAAUUUGGAAAUUAAAAUAAUUGAUUUUGGGUUUGCACGCCUAAAGCCACCUGAUAAUCAGCCUCUUAAGACGCCAUGCUUUACCCUUCAUUAUGCGGCCCCCGAGCUCUUGAAUCAGAACGGCUACGAUGAGUCCUGUGACCUGUGGAGCUUAGGCGUCAUUCUGUACACAAUGUUGUCAGGGCAGGUUCCCUUCCAGUCUCAUGACAGAAGUUUGACAUGCACCAGUGCAGUGGAAAUCAUGAAGAAAAUUAAAAAGGGAGAUUUCUCUUUUGAAGGAGAAGCAUGGAAGAAUGUAUCCGAAGAGGCUAAAGAUUUAAUCCAAGGACUUCUCACAGUUGAUCCAAAUAAAAGGCUUAAAAUGUCUGGCUUGAGAUACAGCGAAUGGCUUCAAGAUGGCAGUCAACUGUCCUCAAAUCCUCUGAUGACUCCAGACAUUCUAGGGUCUUCAGGUGCUGCUGUGCAUACCUGUGUGAAAGCAACCUUCCACGCCUUUAAUAAAUACAAGAGAGAAGGGUUUUGCCUUCAGAACGUCGAUAAGGCCCCUUUGGCUAAGAGAAGGAAAAUGAAAAAGACGAGCACCAGUACGGAGACCCGCAGCAGUUCGAGUGAGAGUUCUCACUCUUCUUCCUCUCAUUCUCACGGUAAAACCACGCCCACCAAGACGCUGCAGCCCGGCAACCCUGCCGACAGCAGUAACCCCGAGACGCUCUUCCAGUUCACAGACUGAGUGACCUGGGACCGGUAGGAAUGUGAUCAGCGAUCCAGCGCACCUUUAUUUCCUUCAGCAUAGGCUUGAGGCAAUGUUUCAUGCUUUAAAAAAUGUGUCCCGUUGGUCGUCUCAUUGGAAUCUGCCUCUUGUGGAAUUUUUUCAGGAAAACCUGUUUGGUUAUCCUUUUCCAAAAAGCACUGGACAGAGAAUGUUACUGUGAAUGGAGCACACGUUAUUCAUUUUAGUGACCUAGUUUGAUGCCAACAGGACUAUUCUUGGAAGAGCAAAGGUUUCUAUAAAGUUCAUGAGAGUGAGAGCUGAGCUGCUUACAAAAGAAGUCACAGAUUUUUCAGAUCUCUGCCGCUGAGUUGACUCUUGCUAUGAUGAUACCUUUUGCUUUGUCUUGCGGACAAUGUAAGGGUUUUAGACAUUUACAUCCUUUGAAUAGUGAUUUAUCAGAGAAAAAUGCCUGUUUUCAAAAAAGAUUCUGUAAUGAAUUUUAUGUGUGGCAUAUACUUAUUUCGUGAGAGAAGAUUUUAACUUAUUUUUAUUUUAUGGUUACAUCUAAUGAUAACCUGCUAUUAUUAAUUUUUUUCUUAAAAGUAAAAAACAAGGAUAAAAGAACUUAAGGUCCAUCCCAUCUUCCGUAUUUGGGAUCCCUCUGAGUUGCAUGUUGAGCUACGUAUGUUUUUAAUUUUGCACUGCUCUUUCCUGGCAAUUGGUUUUAAUGGUUAUUGCAAAAUAUUAAGGUACAUGUCUCUCUGUUUUAAGUAAUAUUACGCUUUAUAAAAGAGUGUGAAUACAGCGAACUGUUUUAUAAAGUGUACUAUUUAAAGCAUAUGUACUGUAUUUUUUGCCAUUUUUUUUCUUUACUUUAAAUUUGUCCUCACAUCCCUCUUCUACUUUGUACGCAAGAAGUAGAGGGGGGCGCGUUGCCUAAUGCAGUCAGCUGCUCAGGCACCGACGCGAGGAAGACCUAAAGGGAGACGAUGCUGAACACUGUGCUUCGUAUUUGUACACUGUGUUGUGCUGCCGUGAGGGAUUUCCUCCUGCAGUCACCUAGUAUGUACAUAAUAUUUUAGAAACAUACCUAUGACUUGUUUGGAAAUUUUUCUGUUAAAUUUUAAAUCCAGAAAGCAUAUUUUAUAAACUUAUGCAGAGCACUUUUAUUGCUCAAAAGUUCUGAGUUCAUACAGACAACAAGUGCUAUGCGAUGAAGACAUUUUAUUGAAAGAUUGCUGCAUUUUGAAAUACAAUUAACUCAUUCCCUAUGCAAAAAAAAUUAGUGAUAGGAUUUGUAUGUGAUAUUUUCUUUUAAAGCCAUCAUGUGAAAUGUCAGGACUGAGAAAAGUGAUUGUUGCUGUGUUUACAGGUAAUGCUUAAAAAGGUAAUGCCCGACAUGUUUAUUUUAUAGUUUUUGUUAAUAAUAACCUCUUGAGCAUUAGUUUGGAAUUUGGACAUGGUAUUUAUUUAUUCUUUUCUUGAGAUGAUAGCAGCAUUAAUUUCAACCAAUUAUGAAUACUAAAAAUAUUGCACUCUAUGUAAUAGUAUAUUUAUUACUAAAUCAAUGUAUAUAUUAAUAGCACAGGCAAAAAUGGCAAAUAUUAAAAUAUUUUCAAAAUAU